GCAGUUUAAUCAGUUGACGCGCAGCCUUCACCAGCUGAACAACUUCCUCUCUUCCAGCCAGACUCCCAGUACCGCUGAGGCAUCCUAUUCCAAUCUACCUACUAGACAUACAGUGCCACCUUACGAGAUAAACAGCCAGUGCCAGCCUACAGCUAAACAGCCAGUGCCAGCUUACAAGCUAAACCAGCCAGCACCAAUCUACCAGCUAGACAUUCAGUGCCAGCUUACAAGCUAAACAGCCAGUGCCAGUCUACCAGGUAGACAUACAGUGCCAGCCUACGAUCCCAGCAACCAGUCCAGUCAAGACAGCAACAAUGUCACAGAGUAUGGUUUGGUCAUCAGUGAUGGUGGUGGUGGUCGUGGUAAUAUCAUCAUGCUAUGGUCGUUCUCUCUCAUCUGAGGACCUUCAAGUACUCCCGCAGACGACCUCGCCGGCGUUGUCCCACGCCAGCGACCUGCCCGAGGACCACGGUCCACUGAGCACGCCCUUGUACCACAGCAUCAGGAAAAGGGCCGUCUUCGAUCCUGAAUGUAAAGGUUACUACGACCGAAAAAUCUGGGCCAAGUUGAACCUCGCUUGUGAGGAUUGUCAGAAUCUUUUCCGGAAACCUGGAGUAGAAACGGAAUGCAGAAAAGGUUGUUUCAAAUCCUCGAUGUUCACGUCAUGUGUAUCCGACCUUUUCCUGCCCGUGGACAAGUACCAAGCCCUUGCAGCCUUCGUCAGGGGCACAUAAAGCUUCCUCAUACACAAGAAACUUUUGUAGGACAAAAUGAAAUUGAGCAAGCUUACCUGGAUCCCACCUGGUGUCAAGACGUUACAAGAUCAAACAACCACAAGAUACAAGGAUCAUCAAGUUCUUCCUAGUCGACAGCAAAUCGAUAUUUGUAUUAACAAGGAUAAAAUACAAGAAGAACUAUGGGGGGGGGGAUAAGAGCUGCAUCUGGUGGAGGAAGUCAAUAGCAUGCAUGGUCACACACUAAUUGGUAAUAAUUUAGGUAAUUACACUUAGGUAAUUACACACACACUCCAGCCCUUGCUUCACAAGCUCUGCAAGUGAUUACAGCUUCUCUGUUAUCCUUCACUGAAGACAGUGGCGCGCUGGCAAGCAUUUACUGGAUAAAUGCUUGCACCAGUCUACUAAAAACAGCUCAAUAUCUCCAAUUCCUAAAUGCAUAUCUAGUCAUUCUCCAUGCAUGUAUUUAAUACAUAUUUAUUAAAAUAUUUGUAAACUAAGAAAUACUUCAUAAAAUUUAGUCAUAUUUGUAUUUGUCUAAAGAUAACCCGUCAUAGGUUAAACUAAUAUAACCCAACCCACACAUGAACAAAGUGCAGAUCUUUCCGUCCGUCCUGGGGUCAGAUUCACGAAGCAGUUACUUAAGUACUUACGAUCGCGUACAUCUUUCCUCAAUCUUGGACGGCUUUGCUU